CUGGGUUCUCCUCACAGCACUGCGGUGGAACUUUGAACCGAGCAUAGAAAGCGGAAUUCCCUAUCACAAUGUCCAUAACGAACACGCCGACAAGUAACGAUGCUUGUCUGAGCAUCGUCCACAGCUUAAUGUGUCACCGUCAGGGUGGGGAGAGCGAGACAUUCGCAAAGCGGGCCAUUGAGAGUUUGGUAAAAAAGCUUAAAGAGAAGAAAGAUGAACUGGAUUCCCUGAUCACCGCAAUAACCACAAAUGGAGCACACCCUAGCAAAUGUGUCACUAUCCAAAGGACGUUAGAUGGCCGUCUGCAGGUGGCUGGUAGAAAGGGCUUCCCGCAUGUCAUAUAUGCCCGUCUCUGGAGAUGGCCAGAUCUUCAUAAAAAUGAACUGAAGCAUGUCAAGUACUGCCAGUAUGCCUUUGAUCUGAAGUGCGACAGUGUCUGUGUGAAUCCUUAUCACUAUGAACGGGUCGUGUCCCCAGGAAUAGACUUGUCGGGACUCACAUUGCAAAGCACUGCGCCAUCUAGUUUACUAGUGAAGGAUGAAUAUGGCCAUGACUAUGAAGGACAGCAAAGCAUUUCCUCUUCUGACGGACAUUCUAUUCAGACAAUCCAACACCCACCAAGUAACAGGUCAUCCAGCGACGGCUACAGCAAUUCUUCACUGCUGGCAUCCAGCGAGCCAAGCACCCCCAAUGCCGCCUCCUUUGCCAGCAUCCCCGUUCCUUCAACCAGUCAGCCUGCCGGUUUAUUGGCAGCUACACACGCUGAUGGACUGCUGCAGAUUGCCUCCGUGCCGCCUCAGGGGACGCAGCAAAAUGGCUUCAGUGCUCAACCAGCCACGUAUCAUCACAACAGUACCACAACCUGGACUGGAAGUAGAACAGCAGCUUACACACCCAAUAUGUCUCACCACCAGAACGGACAUCUUCAGCACCAUCCACCCAUGCCCCAUCCCGGACAUUACUGGCCUGUUCACAAUGAACUCUCAUUCCAGCCUCCAAUUUCCAAUCACCCAGCCCCGGAGUACUGGUGCUCUAUUGCUUACUUUGAAAUGGAUGUUCAAGUGGGGGAGACCUUUAAAGUCCCUUCAAACUGUCCCAUUGUCACUGUCGAUGGUUAUGUAGACCCAUCUGGUGGUGAUCGCUUCUGCUUAGGUCAGCUGUCCAAUGUACAUAGAACAGAAGCUAUUGAAAGAGCAAGGUUACAUAUAGGUAAAGGAGUGCAGCUGGAGUGUAAAGGCGAAGGUGACGUGUGGGUGCGCUGUCUUAGUGAUCAUGCCGUGUUCGUACAGAGCUAUUACCUGGACAGAGAAGCAGGGCGCGCUCCUGGGGACGCCGUUCACAAAAUUUAUCCAAGUGCUUAUAUUAAGGUGUUUGAUCUGCGUCAGUGUCAUCGACAGAUGCAACAGCAAGCAGCCACAGCUCAGGCCGCAGCAGCAGCACAGGCCGCAGCCGUAGCUGGUAACAUACCCGGGCCAGGGUCUGUUGGUGGCAUUGCACCAGCCAUAAGUCUAUCCGCAGCAGCGGGAAUCGGUGUCGAUGACCUCCGUAGGCUGUGCAUUCUGCGGAUGAGCUUUGUGAAGGGCUGGGGUCCUGAUUACCCGAGGCAGAGUAUAAAGGAGACCCCAUGCUGGAUCGAGAUUCACUAA